AAAAAAGAAAAAAAAAUAGUUACAAGAUGGCGACCAACAACUGCCUGAACACUGGAAAACAAUAGAGACAGCGCAGUAGGGCAGAGUUUAUUUCUCUAUCGUUGGCUUUUUCUUUUUCGUGUCGACUCAAAGCGGGGGACAGUAGUUGGUUGUGUGUACUUUAAGACUUUUGAAGCAGAUUUGGAAGAACGUGAGUUUAUAAUGCUUUGUUUGAGGGCUAGUUAGCAGGCAGGCUAAGCUACAUCCGUAGCUGUAAUGUAACUGUGAGGAUCAGCUGUUAGCCGCACUGCUACUUUAAAAGUUACUUUUACUAGUAAAACUCACUCGUAACUCUCCGAGUUUGUGUUUUUUGGGCCGAAUGGAUGUACUGUGUGCGCUUUUAUCCACCACUUUCUAACCUUUCGUCGAUAGGUUUUUACCUCAAGUACGUCUUUUGUCAAACUUCAACUGUGAGGCGAAAAAAUGCACGUUUAUUUUUAAAUUGUUGCUGAAAGUUUCGCGACAAGAAAGAAAAAACGAUUUAACGACGUGGUGUAUGCGUAAAUAUAAACGGGAGGUGAAUCUUCAAGGGUUUGAAGUUUUCAAAAAGAGAUUCCUUAAGUAAAAGUUUUGAACUUUCCUGUAAUCUUAAACUUUACUGUAAAUUAUAUACGUGUCUAAACAAAUGUAACUUUUAAGAUGCAAAAGUUAUUAGUGUCAGUCAAAGGUUUCAUUCAUAAAAUCGUAGUUUUUACUUCAUUCUGGUCUGUGUCAGGACUCCCGGCUUGAAUAUAGUUAUAUAAGAAAGACUGUUCAGUGAUUUUGUGCCGUCGUUUGUGUCGCUUAGUUAAAAGGAAACUUUGAUUGGAGUUUUUGCGUUUGGACUUUUUUUUUUGUUUUGAGUAUAAGCGCACACGUCUGAACUAUGUGCCAUUUCUUUUGUUGUAUAAGGAGGCAGAUAGUGAUAAAAAUGGAGGCAGUUGAGUGUGUUUUGUAAAGACACACGCACGCACACACUCUGAAACAGCACGAUCAGUCCUGCGAGUUGUGCUGGUAUCCGGAGACUCGAGUGAGUUUAUAAACACGCUGUUGUUCUGGAUGAUGGCGGAUUUCGUGGUGCCGCGGCACAGCGCGGUGAUGGAACGGCUGCGGCGGCGGAUCGAGCUCUUCCGGCGGCAUCACACGGGCUGUGAGAACCGCUAUGAUAGCACGGCCAUGGAGCGGCUGGAGAUGGAGAGACAGCAGACGUUCGCGCUGCAUCAGCGCUGCCUGCAGACCAAGGCCAAGCGCUCGAACAAGCACAGGCAGCCGCCGGCGGCGGCGAGCGCGGACCCGGCGGGGCAGAGAGGGACGGGCGGAGGGGGCACCAGCGCGGAGCUAGCGGACGGAGGAAGCGGAACGCCCGGGGAGCAGAGCAGGAACAGCACGCUGAUCGCGUUACAGGAGACUGUCAAGAGGAAGUUGGAGAAUGCUGGUUCACCCCUAGGCCGUGACCAGGUCAAUGGUUUCACCGAUGGCUACCCGCCCAAUAAAAAAGCCUGUGUUGAGGAUGCAUUGGGGGGGCUUAAUGGGGUCUCGAAUGGCACCGUGCCUCCCCUCUCACCUAUGGACUCCAAACAUAACGUGACUACCGAUAGCCUGAUGGCCAAUGGGAACCACAGAGCGGUUGGUGCAGAGCACAACGGGACGGGUCUGACUGACAGUGGUGCAUCACAUGGCUCAGAGUCCGAUUUCCGCCUGAAAGAAAUGAAGCAGGAGCCGGUGGACGACAUCUUGCCCUGCAUACUGCCUGGGGGGGGUGCGAAUGGAAACAACAGCCUCUUUCCUGACCUCAACCUCAAUGAUCAGGACUGGAGUGAGAUUAUGGAGGAGUUCAACCGCUCUGUACCCUACGAGGACAUCCAGGAGCUCUUCAGUGAUAGUUUUGGAGAUCGCAAAGACCCGGAGCUCCUGUCCAGCGGUGCAGCUCAGAGCUUGAUGCCACCAGACCUGUCCAGUGUGAAGACUGAAUUUUCCCCCGCUACGGCUUCCUCUGCCUUCGAUCAGGACUCUUGCAACGGUUCACCUCAGGUGAGACCCACCUCAUCUGGGCCUCCGCUUCACACCAACUCGCCUGCAACGGCCCCGGCCACAUCGCCGGCCCUGCCCGUGCAACAGCAGCAGCAGCAACAGCAGCAGCAUCCGCAACAGCCACCCAUUCAGCCCACCAGACAACUCCCAAAACACCUGCUGCCCGUCCCACCUAAAGACCUGUCCCCCGCGCAGCAACUGCAACAGUUGGCGGCACGCGAACAGCAGAGGGCGAUAUUACAAAGCCAGCAGCAGCACGUGGUUCAGAAGCCGCCACAACAAAAACCGCAGCAACAACAAGCAGCAAAAUUCCACCAGCAGCCCAACCACUCAACAUCUUGGCCCCAAAAUGCUCCCACCCAAAGUCAAAUGGGCGGAACCUUUGGCCUUGAGAAAUCAACCAGCCCUUCUUUGUACCCGCAAGACUUCCCCAACCCCAAGACCCUGCUCAUGCCCAACAAGGGUUCUCCCAAAGCAGGCACUCCAGCCGGGUACAUGCAGCCCGGUGGGCACGGCAACAUGUUAAGUCACCCGGCAGCGCCCACGGGGCCCCUGAGCCACCCACCCAACCCUGGAGCCCAGGCGGCCAUGUUGGACUACAGCAACACUAAACCCCUGUCCCAUUAUGAGGCUGGAGCACCAGGGGCACCCAGGGGCCCUCCGGCCACACAGAACCAGAACAAACAGAGCCAGGCCAUGCUGAACCUGAUGCGACAUCAACAGAUGCAGAAGCAGAGGCCAACCAGCAUGAACUUCAGACCAGCACACCACCAGCAUGCUCCGGAGUCGGGCUCCUACCCCUCCACCACUCAUGUUCCUGGCCUGGGCAACACUAUGACACCACAGCAGAGCAGCAACAGCAUCCCGGGUAACCAUAGUAAUGCGGUCUACUUGAAGCAGCAGAUGCAGUUGAUGAGUCAGAAGCAGCUCAUCCAGAGACAGAUAAUAGCCGCCGAGCAGGAAAAGCAUCGGCAGCAGCAGGAACAGCAGCUGCAGAGGCACUUGACCCGUCCGCCGCCUCAGUACCAGGACCAACAGAACCCGCAGGCUCAGCAGAACCCAUUCCAGCAGCAGCAGCAACAGCAGCAGGUCUCUCAGUUCACUGGUGUGCCGCCCUGCCUGGCCCAGCAGCACUCCUCAGGCUUCAGCGAACAUACCAUCUCUGGUGCAUCUCAACAAAUAGGAAGUGUCAACUCUCUCAGUGGCCCCACUCCUGGAACACAACGGAUGUUCUCUCAGACGCAAGGCAUGAUGGGAAUGGGGGUAGGCCAGAAUACUGGCCCGACCGCUGGUCCCCCUCCGGCGGCCAAUCAAGCAGACAUGAACCUUCCAUCCUGCGCAGGUGGUCUUGACGUGCAGCAGGUCCUCUAUGGCAACAUGCCCAUGCAUCCCUCCCACCCCAACCAGCAGAGACCUCCAGUGUCCACCAUGUCUGCCGCUUACCGCCAGAAUGUUCUAGCAGCCCAGCAACAAGCACACUUGAAAAACCAGCCCAAUGCUGCUAUGCUGAAACAACAACAACAGCAGCAGCAGCAGCAGCAGCAGCUGGCUCGUAUGCCCAACAGCAUGCCCAACGCCAUGGCUAAUAACAUGGGCUCUGCAAUGCCCACCUCCAUGCCAACCAGUAUCCAGGGUGCCUUGCCCACACAGGCCCAAUCAUGGCAACAGCAGCAGCAGCAGCAACAGCCCCAGCAGCAUCCGGGUCUCCAGCCCGGCGCUGCUAACGGAGGCAUGCCAGCAGGCUUCCCCAACUCUGGCUUCCACAUGCAGGCAAGAUUGUCCAAACUUUCCAGCAACACCCCAUUUCCCCAGGGUGGCAUGGGAAAUAGUGCAGCUGGUAGAACCCUGGCAGGUAUGAAUCCUGGACAAAUGAUGCCUAACAUGAACCAGCAACGGACCAAUAACCCAGGCAUGACCCAACAGCUGCCACCUCCUGGCCAGCAGACAGCCCAGCAGGGGCAGCCGCAAGCGCCGCCUCAAACUCAGCAGGUUCUGCCUGACUUGGGACCCUUCAGCCAACCACAGGCCGGUCCCAACCGUACCGCAGGACUUCAGUGCAGCCAAGCCUAUCAGCUAAACAGGACAGCCAAUCAGCAGCUCCAGUUUAGCUACAACACCCAAUCGGGAGGCAGCUUGUCCGGGUUUCACGCCGAGACAGACCUGGUCGACUCUCUGUUGAAAAAUCCGUCGACACAAGAGUGGAUGGACGAUCUAGACGAGCUGUUAGCCAGUCACCCAUGAGUGAUGGCCAUAGGCCAAUAAUGGCCAAUGAUGGUGCCUUCGGAUAAAACGUACACUUUUGGAUGUUUUCAGAGAUGGUGAAACUGCUCAUAUCACGGUCAGAUCUGCUGUGUUUUCUAGUGAGUAUGUAUAUGGUGUAUAUAAUAGAGGUCAAGUAGAGCACAGAGCCUCUGUCACUGAAGUAUUCUCUGGACUGGAAAUUUCAAAGAGGGAAAUGCUCUACUACUGAACCUGUGGCUCAGUAAAACCACUGAAUUUUCUUAUAUGACGAGUGUGCGCUCAAACACAAGUUGAGCCAUUCAUACGGUUGUGUUGCCUAUGUGUUCUCUGUAGGCAUGCGGAAGGUCUGUUCAGUGUCAGGAGUGUCUUGACACACUUCCACAUACCUUAAAUUUGCACUCUUGAAGAUGCACAAUAUGUGAUUCACAGUAAAAGAGUCUAAAGCAAUACUUAACCCAAAAAUGAACAUGUUUGAAUCAUUUACUAACCAUGUCGGUCCAAACCCAUAUGACUUUGAUUCAUGAGGGAUAUCCUACUCCUGGAGAGCAGUCUUCCAGCAGAGUUUAAAUCUUACUUGAUGCAAAAUAGUCUGUGAAUUCUCUUCUAAAAACAUUUUCAAUGUAAACUCCAAAAAAUUCCAAAAAUGACUGUUUAAUGGCAAACAAGUCGAUUAAUUUAGUAGUAAGCUGGUCAUUACAAAAGCAUUUCCUUCAGAGUACUUUUACGAAAAAUGGCAGGAGAUGUUUCCAGAAAACUGGAAUUAACUUUAAUUUAGGUGAACUGUUACUUUAAGUUCGGUAUGGUGUAUGUUCAUUGGCUAGUUUCUCAUUGACUAAAUUUAGCAAGUAGAUGCUUUGUGAUUUGUUUAAUCAGACCGUGACAGCUUGAAGGAGUAUAGCUGAGACUAAAAGUGAGGAGGGUGAAUCGAUGAACUCUACAGUGCUCCAGUGAAAGUAGAUUGUGUCUUUACACUUUCAUGUUACACUACACUAAGUUGUGUUGUUGUGUUUUGUUUUUGUUUUUGUUUUCAGAAAAGCCCAGAGCUUCUGUGUUGGUGAGAGGGUUAAUAUUCCUGUUUGAUUUCUCACUCUGGUGUCUGAUGUUACAUUGAGGGCAGGUCAGGUGCUGGUCUGAACUGCAUUACCCCUGAACUCUGUCUUCAUCUGAGAUUCUGUGACAGGAUUUCAUGUAUAUUUAUAUAUUUUUUUUUUUGUAUGUAUGCAGUUUUUAUUGUUCAGGAGAAGAUAGAUCUUAUUUUUAUAUGUACAUUGUUGCAAAAUUUUGUAAGUAUUUUAUACUUUUUAUUAUUGUUCUCUGUAAAACAAGAGUAUUGUGUAAAUAUAGUUCUCUAGAAACGG